GGGCCUCGGGACGCCUCGCGGGCCUCCCACUGCCGCUGUCGCCGCUGCCACCAGGGAUCGCGACCCCUUCCUCCUUCCCCUUGCCCUUACUCUCCCGCGCCGGCCUCAAGUCGCUCGUCCCCGGGUGGUGUCUCCGGGAAGGGUGAGCACAUGGCGACUCAGACGCACUCCCUCAGCUAUGCGGGGUGCAACUUCUUGCGCCAGCGUCUGGUCCUGUCCACCCUGAGCGGGCGCCCCGUGAAAAUCAGAAAGAUCCGGGCCAGAGAUGACAACCCGGGCCUCCGAGAUUUUGAAGCCAGCUUCAUAAGGCUUUUGGACAAAAUAACUAAUGGUUCUCGAAUUGAAAUAAACCAGACAGGCACAACCUUGUAUUACCAGCCCGGCCUCCUGUACGGCGGCUCCCUGGAACAUGACUGCAGCGUCCUGCGUGGCAUCGGCUACUACCUGGAGAGCCUGCUCUGCCUGGCCCCUUUUAUGAAGCACCCGCUGAAAAUAGUCCUGCGGGGAGUGACCAAUGACCAGGUGGACCCUUCGGUUGAUGUCCUUAAGGCAACAGCACUUCCCCUGUUGAAGCAGUUUGGAAUUGAUGGUGAAUCAUUUGAGCUAAAGAUCCUGCGGCGGGGCAUGCCUCCUGGAGGAGGAGGAGAGGUGCUUUUCUCGUGUCCCGUGAAGAAGGUGCUGAAGCCCGUUCAGCUCACAGACCCGGGGAAAAUCAAGCGUAUCCGAGGGAUGGCAUACUCCGUCCGCGUGUCUCCUCAGAUGGCCAACCGGAUCGUGGACUCGGCCAGGAGCGUCCUCAACAAGUUCAUACCUGACAUCUACAUCUACACGGACCACAUGAAAGGAGUCAGCUCGGGCAAGUCACCAGGCUUUGGCUUGUCCCUGGUUGCUGAGACCACCAACGGGACCUUCCUCAGUGCUGAACUGGCCUCCAACCCCCAGGGCCAGGGGGCAGCUGUGCUUCCAGAAGACCUUGGCAGGAACUGCGCCCGGCUGCUGCUGGAAGAAAUCUACAGGGGUGGAUGUGUGGACUCGACCAACCAGAGCCUGGCCCUGUUGCUCAUGACCCUUGGACAGCAGGAUGUUUCCAAAGUCCUCUUGGGGCCACUGUCUCCCUACACGAUAGAAUUUUUGCGGCAUUUGAAGAGCUUUUUCCAAAUCAUGUUUAAAAUUGAAACCAAGGCCUGUGGUGAAGAACUCAAGGGCGGGGAUAAAGUACUGCUCACUUGUGUCGGCAUUGGCUUCUCCAACCUUAGCAAGACCCUCAAAUGAUACUGUCGUGAGAUCAGACCUCCUUGCUUGCAGACCAGGCCCAAGCUGCCAAGACCUCAGAAGGGACCAAGCGGGAAUGUGCUCACCCAGGACAGGCUAAUCACUUCUAUUAAGGACUUCCUUAAAUUUUCCACCAGAAGGAGAAGCUGUCAGUCUCUACAAAUCAGAAGUCUCCAUAUCGCGUCGGUUGCCAUUUCUUCAGUCACCAUAAGAGCUCCCUGGAUUCUCCUGGAGGAGAAAUGUGCCUCCAGGGCAGUCUCUGUUGUUCCAAUGGGAACAGGCGUGCUCCCGCAGCCCGCAGUCCUGGGCUUCCGUCGCAUGGGAAUUUUCCAGAUCCGUGCAGUCUGUGUCUGUUCUCUCUGCAAGGACUUAACUUAUUACAUCUCUGUGUCUGUUACAAAGAUAAAAAGAGAUAAUACGUGUGGGAAGCUCUUCAUGAGUGGCGCAGUGCAGUGUCAGAAGCUGGAAUUCUUUCGAAAGGAUAGUCGUGGAGUAGACACCGUUCUUCUGCGCUGUUGAUGUCACACAUGGGGGAUGGAUGGGGGAUGGCGAUAUGGAUCCAAUUAAAGUUUCUGGACGUUUUCUAGAUCCCA